AUGGCUAACACCCGCAGUAACCGUUAUUUUAUGGCCACGGCAACGCCUUCUCACGCUCCGGUUUACGGUUCACCGGAUUCCCAUCUCCGUCGCCAAAAUCACCAUCAACAAAACCCUCUAACUUACCUACUAAACCCUUCACAGGAAACCCUUGAAUCUUCCUUCUCUAAUCUCACUGUAAAUCCAGGCUCUAAUGAUGAGUUUUUUUAUAGGUCCUCUGCCUUUGAUAACGUCACAAAUAGUUCUGUGUUAAAUAGGGAUGGCUUUCCAUCACUUGUUCGCCAAGAUAUGGAACUCGGUAAACUUGUUGGGUGUAUAAGUUCUUCUGGGAUUAUGGGUUUGCAAGGUUAUAACUGGGAUGGUUCUAUGUCUGGUUUUCAUUCAACAUCCAAUAAUUUUAGCCCGCAAAGUACAAACCAAAAUGGGUUUUUGCAUGAUUUUGGAAAUGGAGCAUUUCACAAUGAUUUAUCUGCCAUAUCAUCUUCAAAGCGAAACUUCUUGUUGAAUGGCAUGGUGCCGAGAAACCGGAAUGUUUCGAGUUUUAAUUUGAAUUUUAAGAGGGGUCAAUGGUUGCAGAAACCAUUUCAUUGCCUAUCUUUGGGAGAUUUGAAGGGUAAUAUCGUGGCUUUGGCCAAGGAUCAAUACGGAUGUCGUCUCUUGCAAAACACUAUUCUUCAUAUGUCAAAAGAAGGAAUUGAUAUGAUUUUCUCGGAGAUGAUAGACCAUGUAUGUGACUUGAUUAUUGACCCUUUUGGUAAUUAUGUUGUGCAAAAGCUUGUGGAGACAUGUAGUGACGAACAGAGGACUCAGAUCCUUCAAAUGCUGACCAAGAUUGAUUUUCAACUUGUUAGGAUAUGUCUAAGCAUGCAUGGGACUCGUGCUGUACAGAAAUUAUUGGAACAUCUUACCACCCCACAGCAAGUCUCUUUGGUCACAGCUGCUCUGAUGCCUGGUAGUGUCACAUUAAUUAAGGACACGAAUGGUCAUCAUGUAAUCCAACAUUGCUUGAAAUACUUCCCUGAUCGAUACAACAAGUAUCUUCUGAAUGAGGUGGUCGAUAAUUGUUUGGGAAUUGCAACAGACAAAAGUGGUUGUUGUGUGCUGCAGCAAUGUGUUGAAAAAUCUAAGGGGCUGCAAAGAGAGCGUCUAAUUGCUGAGAUCAUUGCAAAUGCACAACACCUAGCAGAAGAUCGUUUUGGUAACUAUGUGGUGCAACAUUUACUGGGAUUGAGGAUACCACAAAUAACUGCAGAUCUUCUGAGACAAUUUGAAGGGCAUUACAUGGAUCUCUCCUGUAAUAAGUAUGGCAGUAAUGUUGUAGAGAGGUGCUUGAUAGAAUCAGCCGAACAGCAGUCCAUGAGAAUUGUUAGGGAGUUGCUUAAAAGUCCAAAUGUUUCUAUGCUGCUUACUGAUCCUUUUGGAAACUUUGUUAUGCAAUCAGCUUUGUUGGUGUCUAAGGGUUUUCUCCAUGAUGCUUUGCGGAAUCUGGUUAUGUCAAAUUUUCUAGUGAUGCGCAACAAUAUGUAUGGCAAAAAGAUACUUGCUUGGUUCGACGGGAAGAAGUCAAAUGUCUAGACAUACAAAUGAAUUUUAGGUCACAUGCACUGUCUUUCCAAUUUUUAGCUCCAUCAUAUUGAAGAAUCAGGUGUCUGUCUUUUGAGUAAAAACUGUCUUUAUGUGUAGGAUUGUUAUUGUUACAAACUCCCUUUUGUUUGUGAGUGUGUAGAAUUGU